CCUCCCGUUUCCCAGCGAGAAAAGCGCACCGCCUCGCCGCCCUCCUGGCCCUGCUGCGUGAGCGCGGAGCUUCCAGAGACCCCGGGCACCUUUUUCCUGCGAGGAAGAGGCGAAAAAGAACAAGUGACCACUUUGUGGCCGUGCGUAAAAGUGGGAGUCAGGAUGUCGGAUCUGUCUGUGAAUGAUCAUCUGGAGGGGAUACUGUCAGACUUUGAGGCCCUCAAGAGAUCCUUUGACGUUGAGGAUGCGGACGAGAUUCCUUCUUUUUCUCCGUCUUCGACCCUAAGUUCACCCCUGAGUCCAAGCCCAGUCCCAGCCAAUGAAAGCAGAGGACCAGCCAAUCACACAGCCUCAUCCUAUCAGUCACGGAUCACUAUCCACUCAAGCCCCACCGAAAGUCCUGUCUUGAAGUCCAAAAUGGUGACCAGCCUGUCAUUCAAUCGCGGCACCAUCGGAACGGCCAGAGCCAACGGUAAGACGAGCUCAGGGGUCACCCGCGUCUCGUCCUUCCAGAGCAAGUUCAACCCGAACGGGUUCUCAUCCUCCGGGCCAGGGAGCGACAAUGACAGCCUGCAUAGCUCCUCCUCCAGCUUGGAAUAUCACGGCUCCUCGAAGCUAAGCUCUUUCAGCCAUCUCCAGGGUCCUAUGACUGCAAGCGAGUGCAAAGCCCAGCACCUGGGAAGCCCUGCUUUGAAGAAGUUCUCUUCGCACGGCAAUGUGUUCCACUCGGACGCCGAGGCUCCGGCGGCCCUGGCUCCAGAGCCCAAAGGUAUCAAUCAUGGCUCCAUGCCCUCUCUGGACCUGCAGAUCACUGAGGGUGGUGGACGGAGGGGUGUAGGUCCCUUGGGGGCUCGGUACGGAGGCCUGCCAGCAACAUGGGCCACCACUGCUCAGCGCCAGACACCCAGCUCGGUGGGAAGGGUGCCAUCCUUCUCCAGCCCGUCCCAGCCACCCAAACCCAAGGAACCUGUACGACUCAACAAGUUCCCCCUAGAUCUGGACAGCCUGGUCUCACCACACCAGGUUGUGACCACAGAUUCUUCUCCUGUACCCAAACCCCUCCCCAGGCUCCAUGGCAGAGUGAGCGGCUCAUCAAUCGUUCCGACCACGUCGGCAAUGGGGGCCCAGCCUGUCCCCAGCGUUAGCCAGACACCUGUGCCCCUGUCCCCAGCACAGACCCCUCAGCUGAAGCUGGUCUCCCAGCCCCAGGUCGUUCAGCUUUCCCCAGAGGUGACGACAACUGCUGUGGACCCCAGCCUGGAAGGUUCUGGUGAGAGCGUGGGCUCCAUACUCCAGAGGAUCGCCUCCUUUUCUUCACCUAAUGGCAGCACCAGCACAGUGGGGUCUAGGCCAAGGAUGGAGCUCAAUGGCAAUAGGAUCCAGCACCAGGCAUCCCAGCAGCAAUGUGAUACGACGCAGGGCCCGGACACGCAAGUCCAGAUGGCGGAACGAGAGGCGGAGCCAGAGCAGCAGCCAUGUUCCAUUGAGUCCCACCCUCAAGUCCACGUCACAGGCGGAGAGCCCCACCCCCAGGGCCACAUCACCGGCAGCGAGUUGUUCGGCUACGUGGGCAUCGAGGCGGUGCUGGACCAGAUGCGGCGCAAGGCCAUGAAGACAGGUUUUGAGUUCAACAUCAUGGUGGUGGGUCAGAGUGGUCUUGGGAAGUCCACGCUGGUCAACACGCUCUUCAAGUCCAAAGUGAGCCGGAAGUCCUGCACACCCAACUACGAGGAAAAGAUCCCCAAGACAGUGCAGCUGCAGUCGGUCAGCCAUGUGAUCGAGGAGAAGGGGGUGAAGAUGAAGCUGACGGUGAUUGAUACCCCUGGCUUUGGAGAUCAGAUUAAUAACAACAACUGCUGGGAGCCGAUAGUCAAGUACAUCAAUGAGCAGUACGAGAAGUACCUGGUGGAGGAGCUCAACGUCAGCAGGAAGCGACGCAUCCCCGACACGCGCGUUCACUGCUGCGUGUACUUCUUGCCCCCCACGGGACACUGGCUGCGACCCAUCGACGUGGAGUUCAUGAAGAGACUGGGCAAGAUCGUGAGCAUCGUACCCGUGAUCGCCAAGGCGGACACACUCACCAUGGAGGAGAGGCUCGAGUUCAAGGAGACGAUAAGGCACAACCUGCAGGCCAACGGUAUCCAGGUGUACCCUCAGAGGGAGUACGACGAGGAUGCCGAGGACAGGAUACGCAACGACAAAAUCAGGGAAAACAUCCCGUUCGCUGUGGUCGGGACAGACAAGGAGCACCAGGUCAACGGGAACAAGGUCCUGGGCAGGAAAACCAAGUGGGGCAUCAUUGAAGUUGAAAACGUCGCACACUGCGAGUUCGCCAACUUGAGAGACCUGCUCAUCAGAUCCCACCUGCAGGACCUGAAAGACGUCACUCACGACAUCCACUACGAGACGUACCGCGUGCGGCGCCUCAACGAGGGCAACGGCGGCGGCCCCGUCAACGGCUCCCUGGAGAAGAGCGACGGCGAGAGCCAGCUCUGAGAGGGGCGGGGCAGGGGGAGGAGCAGAGGGUGGGGACAGUGCCGCUAAUUAGCCCAGCCCUGACUCUGUGCCCCGCCCUCCCACCUGUAAAAACUGUACACGUUAGUGUAUCGGGUCACGGAAAGUCGUAUUCUUCUUCCCCAAGGACACGAAUUUGUACUCCUAGCUACACUCGAAGCACACACUGGGCACCUGUCAAGCGCGUCGGUCCGCGUCAGAGCCGCAACCCUGUAAGUGCUGAAAGCCACGAGAGAGCGCCUUAGCGUGUGUGUGUAGCUGUGAGUGCAGCUGUGAGUGCCACCGAUUCAGAACCAGCGAGGGCCACCGGGGAUCGAGAAGCGUGCCGCCGCAGGUGACGCUCUUCCGUUGCGAGCCAUCAACGCCGUCUCCUUUAGUGCCACUGGAUCACGUGAUCCGUUUCAUCCGCUUCGCUUCUCAGCUUUGACUUACUCCACUUGUGAUGGGAACAUUUUAUGCAAACUGUGAUUUUAUGCUGUCUUCAUGCCCGCCUUUGUACCCAUGGCUUGUUUGGCCGUCUGUUCUGGAGAUGCGGAAGUGGCUUCCGGACCGCAACUGUCACAGGAAAGGCUCCUGCAACCUCCUAAAGCAAACGGUCAACUGGUGUCCUCUUCAUACCUGCAUAUCGUUUUAUUGCCACUGUUCAUCUGGGGGGUUUAUUAAUGAUUUAGGGUCCUUAUAUAAGAGGUUUCCUGACGGUUCAGUGUCAGCGUCUGUUGGGACCAGUGACGGCUCCCACAUGGCGAAGACCAAGAGGUGAGAAAGAGCUGCUGGAAUAGAGGGACUGGUCAAGGGUCAGAGGUCACGAUCCCAACCCUUCCAGCUCACUGUUGCCCUCCACUGACCAUGCUGAGGAAGCCACUCUAUCGUUCUCCACCUUGUCCACAUACCCUUCCCUUGGUCCUUACAGCGAUUCUGUAUUUGUACACGUAACUCCUGCUACUUAUUGUACAGAUCUCCGGUUGUUUUGUCCUGCCUGUGUACUAACAGUUCAGACAUGUUUGUGUCUCCUUCUCAGUAAGAACAAUUUUAAUAUGAAGCACCGCUCAUAUGUGAUUAAAGUGAUACACUCACCCUUUGAGCAGUGUCUCUCUCCAUCGAUGAUGCCAACAGGUGCUGGGAGUCUGUAGGCCCUGUGUAUCCCAAGCGAUGGGGAAACGUCCUCCUCUAAAGGCCACCGUAGGGAUCAUUUCAGGAUAACCAGUCUGUUCUUCUGGACAACUUGCUGUCUCCGUGUAGGUGUUCCAUUACCUUCUGACCAGA